UUUUAGUUGCAAUUUUGGUUGCAGUAUAUCGUUUAUUUUGUAAUAAGCCAUAAAGUGGUUUUUGCAGUAAUACAUUUAUAUUACUCUACUGAUGCACUGACCCAAGGGGUAGUUUUAAACAUUUUUAUUCCUAUGUGUACUUGGACGUAAAUGUGGGUAUAUAUUUAUGUUCAAACAUCUACAUAGAGCCAUGCUUUUGUUCUGUAUGUUUUUUAUUUAAGCAAGUCACGAUACCUUUUUAUGCGAUUUAAAGAAUGGCCCUGCAAAGAUACUGCUGUCAGGGGAGAACACGGGUCCCUGUUGCCAAUUUGCCUUUGGCAAUAUGGACAAGUGUUUAUCAAUUAGAAAAAAAUAUUUGUGUUAUCUGGAUAGCUGGCUUACCCUUAGUAAUGGACCCAAAAGCUUUUCAAGAACUGAAGAAAGCUGGUGGAGCAGAAUCAGUACUUGAGGACUGUGCCGAGCCAGCUCAGCCAGGUUUGAAUACACGUGGAAACAGGAUGCAGUUGACCAGUGAAAAGUUGCCCGAGGACCCCCUCUAUACCUCUCUAUCCCAGGAUGCUGCCAGGAACUACAGCUUCUUCCAAUGCACAAAGGACAAGACUGACCGUUACAGCCAUGCUAGUUUGGUGGAUCAGGCAUUGCAGCUCUUGAAGGAAAGAAUAGUAAGAGGGGAUGCUAUGGCCUAUUUCCUGCGAGGUCAACUAUAUUUCGAAGAGGGAUGGUAUGAAGAAGCAUUAGAACAGUUUGAAGAAAUCAAGGACCAUGAUCAUCAAGCAAUUUACCAGCUGGGCGUAAUGUAUUAUGAUGGGCUGGGGACAGCUGUAAAAGCUGAAAAAGGAGUGGAAUAUAUGAAGAAAAUAGUUGAUUCUCCAUGUCCCAAAGCAAGACACUUACAAUUUGCAGCUGCUUACAACCUUGGAAGAGCUUAUUACGAAGGCAAAGGCAUUCACCGAUCAAUUGAGGACGCUGAGAGACUUUGGCUCUUUGCUGCGGACAAUGGGAAUCCAAAAGCCAGUGUGAAGGCUCAAAGUAUCCUAGGGUUGUAUUAUUCAACGAAGGAACCCAAAGAGCUAGAAAAGGCAUUUUAUUGGCAUUCAGAAGCAUGCGGCAAUGGGAACCUGGAGUCCCAGGGUGCCCUGGGGCUCAUGUACUUGUACGGACAUGGCAUCCACCAGGACACGGAGGCUGCCCUGUACUGCUUGCGGGAAGCCGCGGAGCGUGGAAAUGUCUACGCCCAAGGGAACCUCGUGGAGUAUUACUACAACAUGAAGUUCUUUACGAAGUGCGUCGCCUUUUCCAAAAGGGUUGCCGACUACGAUGAGGAGCAAGACAUCCCGACGAUAGCCCAGGUCACGGACUGUCUCCCGGAGUUCAUCAGCAGAGGCAUGGCCAUGGCCUCCUUCUACCAUGCCCGGUGCCUACAGCUUGGCUUGGGGACCACAAAGGAUGAAGCAACCGCUAAACAAUAUUAUUCUAAAGCCUGUCAUCUGGAUCCUGCAUUGGCAGAUGAACUUCACUCUUUACUUAUUCACCAAAGAAUUUAGACCAUAGUGCAUUUCAACAAAGAUCGUGUGUCCUAAUACCUUCAAAUCUUGCAUUUUCUUUGGUGCUGACUUCUGUGGUAUCUUUCACUGAGAGACUGAUUUGUCUGAAGCCUGCAACUGUCCUCACUGUGCUCAGAACUCAAUAUACCGAUUUCUCCAUGAAGUGCUAUCAGCUGGAAACAUAAGUCGCUGAAAGGCGGUUAAAAGUGCCUGAAACAUCCCGAGUGCUGAGGUCUGUGGCAGAUCACCCGGGCAGAGUCCUGACGCAGGGACUCAUGGCACGUGCUCACGAGGCAGGAGAAGACACGGGCACCCCUCUCACCACAAGGUGGAGGACCCGAGAGAUACACUCUCCCCAGCCAUUUCCAGUUUCCGUGGGAGUGAAAAUUGGGCACAGCAAUAAAUAAAAGGCUUUUAUCUGCAACCAGGUCUCCCACACAAACCUGUUUCAUCAGUUAUCAGUCAACGUCUAACCAAUUACAGGGCUGCUAUCAGGAGACAAGUAACCGUAGUUGAGAGAUGUUCAUUGGGAAUAGGAAGUCUCUUUGUUGACAAGGGGGAAAGAAUCAUUUUAGAAUUUAGUGCCAGAAAGACCUGAAAUUUCAAACUCAGUUCAUGAGUAAUAAAUUUAAAAAUCGGACUUACCAACCGGAUUUUUAAAGGGACAAUGUAAGGGACAAUGUAAGGUUUUGAGACUGCACACAGUAACCAGUCACUACUGAAGUCUCCCCUCCACUGGGAUCACACUGUUCAUUGUUUGCACCUCUCAUUGCUUAGAACUUAAAUGCAAUGCAUAUCUAGACCAAAUAAAGUAACUGUAUUAACUUAAUGGGCUUGUGAUUUAAGAGAGCCUGCCGCCCCCACCAGCCUAAGAAGAAUCUACAUAACAAGGCAGACGCCUUGUUUCCUGUCACCUGCCUUUGGUGCUACAUGAAGAAAUGAAUAAGGACAUUUCAAUUUGCAACUUAAAAUUGGGUAAGUGACUCUCACCAAAGGCCAUCACCUAAGUCUUUUCUAUCAGUUUAGGUCUGACUUUCUAUCAGCCAAAACCACAGGAAGCUUUUGAAGCAAUCCUGGUAUGUGGAAUUAGAGUUGUACAUGGCAGGUACUGCUGCUGAUUUCUAUGAGACAUCAUCGGCUAAAGGCAAAAAAGCCAAGGACAAGCGGGCAGGGCCUCCAUAUUCCUCCACCUGAUAAAAGGCCAUUGAGAGGAAGAGCCUGGACAGCCUACAGGUGCCUCUCCGCCAGCCCCCGGAGGUCACUGACAUUUCAGAGCCACGGUCUACAGAGGAGCAAGAAAAGCAUGAAUAACUUCCUGAAACUGAAAGUAAAAACACAUUGGCAGGUCUGAGUACUGAGGACAACAGGGCCAUUUUGGAAAUGUCAUUAUCCAACGCCUAUCAAUACUAAAAUCAAAUUUUGACUCAGACUGAAACUUAAACAGGCCAUGUUUUCUGAUUAAAACAAAAGCCUAUGAUAGGAGCUAAAGAAAUCACCAACACCAGUUUUUAAAAAAUCUUAGAAAUAAACAGAAGAAAAAUUUUGUUUAAGACCAAGGAAAAUAUAUGUGCAAAUGAAUAAAAAGAUAACACGUUUUUUAUUUUCCAUAAAAAUGUGUAAGAUUUAUAUGAUAAAACUAUCACAUUAACCUUGUACAUGUUUGACAACAAAACUAGUCUUUCAAUUUGAAAAAUCUGAUUUUCAUCUUAAAAUAUAGUUGCUGUACAAAAAUGUGAUUUUUCCCCUUAUUUUUAGCAGUCGACUCACAUUUUUAUUGUGCAACAAAGCCAUAAUGUUUGUCUCCUGGAGAAUACUAGAUAUGGAGUUAAACUUUUAUGUAUAUAGAUAAUGGAAUAUUAAAAUAUUCACAUGGCUUA